AUGACGGUUCCACCAAUCGCCAAGGCCACAUUGCAGGCGGCCCUCAUCAACGCCGCGUCAAAUGUGCUCGCCCAGGGCAUCAAAGCUUAUCGAGCGGAUAUCCCCAUUGAAAUAGACCUCGAGUCUCUAGCGCACUUUACCACGUGUGCAUUCAUCACCUCGCCACUGGGCUAUCUCUGGCUCGGAAGUCUAGAGGCCUGGUUUCCCGGUCGGGGGGAGUCAAAGAAAAAGAACGCCAUGGGCGAGAAAAAGCACGACGAACAAAGCCAGCCAGCAUUGAAUGUCACCAACACACUCGCUAAGAUCGUUAUUGAUCAGAGUGUCGGCGGAGCGUGGAAUACUGCGCUUUUCAUUGUGACUAUGGGUAUGUUGCGGGGGUUGAGUUAUGAUACCAUUGUUGAGCAAAUUGAAACGGACUUUUGGCCGAUUAUGCUCGCUGGGUUCAAGCUCUGGCCUCUUGUUUCUAUUCUUAAUUUCACAGUGGUGCCUGCUGAUCGGCGGAUGCUAGUGGGGAGUCUUUUUGGAGUUGUAUGGGCUGUUUAUCUCAGUCUGAUGUCAGGGUGA